AUGAUAAGAAUCACCUCCUCCAUCACCUCCUCCAUCACCUCCUCCAUCACCUCCUCCAUCACCUCCUCCAUCACCUCCUCCAUCACCUCCUCCAUCACCUCCAUCACUCCUCCAUCACCUCCUCCAUCACCUCCUCCAUCACCUCCUCCAUCACCUCACCUCAGAACAAAACUCACGCCGUCGACUUCAGGACGACUGUUGCAGAGAGAGAGAGACCGCAGGAUUGGCAGAGUGUCAGCGCUGCCCACCGUCUGCUCAGCUGUCCGCUCCUCACCCAGUCACUCACAGCAAUACAGGGGCUUUGUCAAUCAUCUAUCAGCCGAGCCUCACCAGAAACACAGAGAGAAGUGA